AUGGGCGUCUUCGACUUCUGGAAAGCCUCCUCCCCCGCGGACAAGCGCGCCGAGGAGGUGCGCAGCGGGGCGCGGGCGCCGGACCGCACCGAGCGCAAGCGCUGCUGGGAGGCCCGCGACGGCUACUUUGCCUGCCUCGACCGCGCCGGCGUGCUGGACGCCAUCAAGGACGACGCGGCGGCCGCCAAGGCGUGUCGCGCCGAGGGCGCGCAGUUUGAGCGGGACUGUGCGGCCGAGUGGGUCACGUACUUCAAGAAGUGGCGGGUCGCAGACUACAACAAGAAGCAGCGCCUCGCGCAGCUGCAGGCCGAGGGCGCCAACAAGAUGGAGGUCGAGACCAGCCCGCGAUGA